UUUUAGAGCGGCUUCGUUUGGCCCAAACGCAAACAAUUUUAUUGCUACCGAAGCCACAAAAUCGCUUUUGUAUUUAUUAAUAUUUCCGUUACGCAACUUGAAGAAAAACAUCAUCAUCCCUUUCUCUCCACUAUUACAUAAAUCUGUUUUUCUUGCGCGUCGCGACGCUCGGCCUCUCCUGGCGCCUCUUGUUUUGUUGCUACAUCACAUCAGUCGGCUGGCGGCCGUUCUCUUGUUCUACACCCUGCGAGAAUGUGCUGACGUAAGGUAAAGACGCGCGUCGCGACGCUCAACUAUACCAUGCGGUGGUUGCCAUGGACUAUCAAUGUGUGGUGGUUUACACGAUCAUUCGCAUACCGUCGCCCUCACGCCCCCGUGCAGUGGGUCGGGGGCGGCCGUUAUGGUGGCAGUACGCUGGCGGUGGUUGUUUGGAUUGGGUCAGAGGGACUGUCAAGAGAGCGGUAGCAGCUUACCUGAGAGCUCUAAACCUCUCACCCAACAAUGCAGUCGUCCACGGCAACUUGGCCUGCGUCUACUACGAACAAGGCCUCAUCGACUUGGCCAUCGACACUUACAGGCGCGCCAUCGAACUACAACCCAAUUUCCCUGACGCCUAUUGCAACCUGGCGAACGCGCUCAAGGAAAAAGGGCAAGUGUCCGAGGCGGAAGAGUGCUACAACACGGCUUUGAGGCUGUGCCCCAGUCAUGCAGACUCGCUCAACAAUCUGGCCAACAUUAAACGAGAGCAAGGAUUCAUAGAAGAGGCCACUAGAUUGUACCUAAAGGCUCUAGAAGUAUUUCCCGAGUUUGCAGCUGCCCACAGUAAUUUGGCUUCGGUGUUGCAACAGCAAGGUAAACUGAACGAAGCUUUGAUGCAUUAUAAAGAGGCCAUAAGGAUUCAGCCCACUUUUGCUGAUGCUUACAGUAAUAUGGGCAACACUUUAAAAGAAAUGCAAGACGUUGCUGGUGCUUUGCAAUGCUAUACCAGAGCAAUACAGAUCAAUCCUGCGUUUGCUGAUGCACACAGCAAUCUGGCCAGUAUUCACAAAGAUUCUGGCAAUAUACCGGAAGCCAUUCAGUCGUACAGGACAGCUUUGAAACUGAAACCAGACUUUCCUGAUGCCUAUUGUAAUUUGGCGCAUUGCUUACAAAUCGUUUGCGAUUGGUCAGAUUAUGAUAGUCGCAUGAAGAAGCUGGUUAAUAUUGUAGCAGAUCAAUUGGACAAGAAUCGUUUGCCUUCAGUUCAUCCCCACCAUUCAAUGCUAUAUCCUUUAACACACGAAUAUCGAAAGGCAAUAGCAGCUCGUCACGCAAACCUCUGCCUGGAAAAAAUCAACGUCCUGCACAAACCCCCGUACCGUUUCAUUCCAGAAAUCAAAGGGCGCUUGCGUAUUGGCUACGUUAGCAGCGACUUUGGUAAUCAUCCAACAUCACAUCUGAUGCAAUCAGUGCCCGGACUACAUGACAGAAUCAAUGUAGAGGUGUUCUGCUAUGCUCUGAGUCAGGAUGAUGGUACCACUUUCAGAAGUAAAAUUUCCAGAGAGUGCGAACAUUUUAUUGACUUAAGUGCAGAGCCUUGCAAUGGUAAAGCGGCAGAUCGGAUUUAUUCUGAUAAUAUUCACAUUUUGGUGAACAUGAAUGGAUACACUAAGGGGGCUAGGAAUGAGAUUUUUGCACUGAGACCUGCGCCAGUACAGGUUAUGUGGUUGGGUUACCCAGGCACCAGCGGUGCCAGUUUCAUGGAUUACUUGGUGACCGACGUUGUGACGUCGCCCUUGGAACUAGCCAAUCAGUACAGCGAAAAACUGGCCUACAUGCCCUACACAUAUUUCGUGGGCGAUCACAAGCAAAUGUUCCCUCACUUGAAGGAACGUUUGAUUGUGUCUGACAGAAGUAGCGGAGGUUUGGCCGAUAACGUGGCCAUAAUCAACGCUACAGAUUUGUCUCCGCUGGUUGAAAGCACCGACAUUAAGGAAAUCAAGGAGAUUAUCCAGCCAACCACUAGGCCUGUCGAGAUUAGUCUUAAAGUUGCUGAGCUUCCUACUACGACUCAAAUAGAAAAUAUGAUUGCUUCGGGCCAGGUGCAAACUUCCCUAAAUGGAGUUGUGGUUCAAAACGGUUUAGCAACAACACAAACAAACAACAAAGCAGCUACAGGAGAGGAAGUACCACAAAACAUUGUAAUAACUACCAGGCAACAAUAUGGUCUACCUGAUGAUGCGAUUGUUUAUUGUAACUUUAACCAACUUUACAAAAUCGAUCCAAUAACUUUACACAUGUGGGUCAAUAUUUUGAAAGCAGUGCCAAAUGCGGUAUUGUGGUUGUUGAGGUUUCCAGCAGUUGGCGAACCAAAUUUAAUAUCGACAGCGCAACAAUUAGGCUUGCCGCCUGGUAAAAUUAUUUUCAGUAAUGUCGCUGCUAAAGAAGAACAUGUACGACGAGGUCAAUUGGCUGAUGUUUGCUUAGAUACGCCUCUAUGCAACGGCCAUACUACUAGCAUGGAUGUUUUGUGGACCGGUACUCCAGUGGUCACUUAUCCAGGCGAAACUCUAGCUUCUAGAGUGGCCGCGAGUCAAUUGAACACAUUGGGCUGUCCGGAUUUGAUUGCGCGCAGCAGGCAAGAGUACCAGGACAUUGCCAUAAGACUAGGUACUGAUAAGGAGUACUUGAAAGGUAUGCGUCACAAGGUGUGGACGGCGAGAUCGACAUCGCCGUUGUUCGAUUGCAAAAUUUACGCCGAAGGGCUGGAGUUGAUUUAUUCAAAAAUGUGGGAGAGAUUCGCCAAAGGGCUGAAGCCCGAUCACAUCACUGAGACGACUGUCAAAAAAUGGCCGUAGAUUUUUUGACGAUUAUUUGAUUGUGUUGUAAAUAUUUUAAUUAUUAAAGCUUAAUUAAUUUUGUAGCUAAAGUGAUUAUAGUUUUUUAGGCUCGAAACUAGGAGCAUAAUUUAUUUGACUUUAUUAUUGACAUAUUGUCAUUUGUUUGAAAUAAUUAUAUCCGAGAUUUAAGUGGGAGUGUUUUUGUUUAAUGCUUUUAGAUAGG